UCUGUCCCUCUGACACUCUGGCUCAGGCUGAGGAGGAGCCGCCGCCGCCGUGUUUAGCGCUGUCUAAUCCACGUGGCUCUGGUGGCGCUAUAUUAGGUGCGCAGGAAGCCCUGCGGGGAGAAGCUAAACUGGGGAGGCGGCGGCGGCGGCGGCCGGAGCAGCGACUCGCCAAGACUCUACCCGCUCCCACGCGGGAGCUGCCUGCUCCGUGGCCGGCCGCUGCUGCUGCCCAGUCCGGCUGCUUGGGAGAGACAAAGGGAGACGCGGAGGGAAGAGGCGGCGGCGCUGGGAUCCGCUGCGAGCGCCGAGGAGCCCCCCAGGACCUGGAAUAACUGGUGACCUGAACAAACUGAGAAGAUAAACGACCUGACCAACCAGUGAACGGAUCCAGAAAUUCCUUUCUCAUCUAUUCACAUAUACUGAUAUGCCUGUGCCUGCCAACUCUAUGAUUUGUGGCUGGAUGGCAAGUGACUCUCUGUGACUUAAAUGAGCAUCAGGGCACCUGUAUCACCUGGGACCGAGGCCACAGGAUGAUCUUAAUGGCCACAUCAAUUAAAUAAUUUUAAGGAAAAAGCAAUCUUCUUUUAUCUAGCUCCUGUCAUUCAAGUCUUACUCCCAUACAGGAAACCUAGUCGCAGACACUGAUAUUAAUUACCUCUCAAUCUUCCUGAAUGAGGAAAGGAAAUCAUCAUGAUCAGUUUUGAUUAAAUGCUCAGUGAGAGAAAUUAGCAGUUUCCAGGCGAGCUGAAAAGUGAGAUUUGGGAUCAUUUUUAAAAGGGAGGGGGGGAGGAAAAUCCAAUUUUUCUUCUUUAAAUCACCAAGGGUAAAAUGAAGGCUCUCCCCUUGCCAGUGAAGAUAACUGAAUUGCUUUGUUUGGCCUAAACACCUGAUCAUAAAAAAAACUCUGUGAACCUGCGACAACCUUCCUCUUUGCCUUACCACUGUCACUGAGUCACGGGCUGACAGCCUGACGAAGGAACCCCAAAGGAAAGAUGGUCGCCAUCAAGAAGAAAAAUCUGAAAAUGUUUACACUUGCCGUAUUGUUUGUCAUCACCAUAACGUCAUUCUUGCUGAAUUACACUCACAGUUCGGUGCUGGUCACCUGGGAUCCCAAGCAGAUUGUCAUGCAGUUAAAAAAACUAAUGAAAUAUCCCCAGAGACCAUGCAGCUGUAAUUCGUGUGUUCCUGAGCUGGGGCUUUCCUUCUGGUUCGAUGAAAGGUUUAAUCAGACUAUUCAACCUUUCCUCACUACUCGGGACACCUUCAUUCCAGAAGAGAGCUACAAGUGGUGGCUGAAAUUGCAAGGAGAGAGCAAUCCUAAAAAUAUCAAUGACACUAUCAAGGAAUUGUUUGAGAUCAUUCCCGGUGAUGGGGAGCAGCUGCUGGAGAGAGACGCCUCCCGGUGCAGAAGGUGUGCCGUCGUGGGGAACUCAGGGAACCUUAGGCAAUCUCAGUACGGCCAAGAUAUCGACGCCCACGACUUUGUGCUCAGAAUGAAUCGCGCUCCAACCGCCGGGUUUGAAUCGGACGUCGGAAGCAAAACUACUCACCACUUUGUUUACCCCGAGAGCUUCCGAGACCUGGCGGAAAACGUCAGCAUGAUUGUGAUCCCCUUCAAAACGCUGGACCUGCGCUGGAUCGUCAGCGCGCUCACCACAGGCACCAUAAACUUCACAUAUGCUCCAGUUCCCCGUAAAAUCAAAGUGAAAAGAGACAAGAUCCUGGUCUAUCACCCAGUUUUUAUCAAAUAUGUUUAUGACCACUGGCUGCAGCAUCACGGAAGAUACCCCUCGACAGGCAUUCUGUCCGUGAUAUUUGCACUCCACCUGUGCGAUGAGGUGGAUGUGUACGGUUUUGGAGCAGACAGCAAUGGCAACUGGCAUCAUUACUGGGAAAACAACGCUGCCGGGGGGGCUUUUCGGAAAACCAUGGUCCAUGAUGGGGAUUUCGAGUCCAAUAUCACUUUGACUCUUGCCUCUAUUGACAAAAUCCGUUUUUUCAAGGGCAGAUGACCCUUACCGUAGGCAGUGAUUUGUGGCUGCAAUUUCCAGCAGGGGUCAGUUAGUGAAGUGUUUGAAGUGGCUUAUCGAAGAUGAUCUUGGGAGCUGACCAUAUUUGAAUAUGAGACUCUGCAGCUGAGGAAGGGUCUCUCACUGAUGUGACAAUCAUUGAAUGAAAGUAGCAUGCAGUAUUGGUUCCAUACUGCACUUGAUUUCCUAAUUUGAGAAUUGAGACGUUGGGGACCUAAUCGUCAGUUGUGGGGAAUAAAUGAUGUGUGGAAUCAUAGAGGAUGUAUGGAAUUAUUCAGUCUUGAAAUACUGGGAGAGAUGUGCCUCUUGCUGUUAGGGUAAAGUAGGAGAUCAUUUUCUAGGAAUUACUGUAUGUGUGUGUCCUUUCCUUGCAUAAGGCAGGAAUGCCCUGAAGAGGAGAGGUGAAAGCAGCUUCCUGAAUGUCCCACCAACAUGGCUGGCUGUGAACACUGUAGUAAGGAUUACCUCAAAAGAACACGUUCACUUAUUCUGCUGUUGAUCUUUUCUUUAAACCAUCUCUUUCCUUCACUGUCUCAUUUCUGGUUCUGCAUUAUAUUAUGGACAAAGGUGAUGUACCUGACUCGCAAGGUGUAAUGGCUAAUUCUGGCAAUGUAUCAAUCCACAUCGAGAAAUUCUGGAUCAAAUCCUUCAUCUCCAGUUAACUGCAUAUUUUAAUGUAGCAUCCUACACAGCCAUAAUGAGACCAAGAAAAACAAAAUAAGUUUGUGAUUGAAAAUGCUAGCAAAAAUUGGCCUUUUCAGCCACUGGUUGGUUUGGGUUUCUUUAAAUAUAAUUGUAUUUUAUUUUAUUUUUGAUAGAUACUCUGAAUGCUAAUUUUUAUUGAAUCCAUUCAAGGUAGAGCAGUGGACAUUUUUUUUCUUUCAGUGGUUUACAUGUGCCUUUUAUAUUUGUGCAACAGAUGUAAUUUUUUUUAAAGACGAAAAUCCCUAAAUUAAAAUUUUUAUAGGAAAAAGAAUUAACCAAAGCUUAGUCUUUACAUGGUAUCAUUUUGUAUUCUAAACUAAUAAUAACACCUCCUGUAUUCUACUUGACGAGGGGAAAAAAACCAAGGGUAGUUUUUAAAGGUAACUUUUACCUUUUAAAAAAAAAAAGGAGAAAAAAAAUCCAAAAAUUGAUAGGACAUUUUUUAUUCUAUUUUUUACAACUUAGAAGGUGAUAUCUAUUUAAAUGUAUUUAAGUGAAAGUAUGAGGAUGGGAGCUAUAAGAGUGAACAGAACUGCAUGAGCAUCUUCCAGGGCAUAUCCUCUAUGUAUUGAUUCUAUGGUAUGAUCCAGACCUCGGAAAGAUUUGUAUCUUUAGAGAACUGUAUAUAUGAACAUUAUUACUUCUGUGCAGCAAGAGGUGAAUAAGAAAUGUUGUAUUGGAGAUUUUGUCUACACAGAUUCUUUCUAAAAUCUAUUUGACCU